AAUGUUUGAGCUGCUGAACCUCUAGGGCGAGUCUCAGAAACUCUACACUGUGCGGAGACGCACAGACGGACACGGCCAACCUGUGCAAAGGCAAGCAGCACGGCUGGAAGAAAGAAGCAUUUUUUAGAUCAAAAGAAGCCUUUUGUGUUACAGGAGCUGAAGCAAAUCAUAUUCCAGUAUGUUUAAGCUGUGUGGACUUCAAUUUCUGCUUGCCAUUCAGUGGGCUGCAUGCCAGAAUAUGGGGGACCUGCAUUUAACCGGACCUCUUAAAGACAUGAAUUUUUCAAUUCCAGAGGGAACGGGAGUGCGCCCCAUUUACCAGUUCACAUCUGAGUCUCCCGAUGUGAUAUUCAGAGCAACUGGUGAAAAGGAUGAACUAAUUGACAUUCUGCCGCAUACAGGAAUGCUGUAUCUCAAUGGGUCUCUGGACUGGGAGACCAAAGCUGUGCACAAUCUGCAGGUGGAAAGCCUGGAUAAAAAUGGAGAUGUAGUGAAAGGUCCAUGUACUGUUACAAUAUAUGUUGAGGAUAUCAAUGACAACCCACCAAAAUUUGACCAAACACAAUACACUGGAGUAGUGAGGCAGAACUCCCGUGCAGGCAAGCCCUUCAUGCGUGUCCAUGCUACUGACCUCGAUGAUCCUACAACUCCCCAUGCACAACUGAACUACAGCAUUCUCCACCAUUUUCCCAAUCCUUAUGCAGAAAUGCUUUUUCAGAUUAAUAGUUUAACUGGAGAAAUCUCACCAAGUAGGACAGGCUCUUACUACUUAGACCCCCAAAAGCAGGACACCUUCACACUCGUCGUCUCUGUGAAGGACAUGGCAGGGAUGACAGAAAAUGCUUUCAAGAACAGUGUUGACGUGAUCAUCACUGUGAAGGAGAGCCUGUGGAAGGCUCCUCCCACCAUCACAAUUAAGGAAAACUCAACCCAGCCCCAUCCUGUCAAUAUCAGCCAGGUGCACUCAAAUGAGCCAGAUGUAAUUUAUGAGGUUUUUGAAAAAGAGAGUCUGGCCAAGUUCCCAUUUUCCAUCGAUCAGAAUGGGUCUAUUUAUGUGACUGAGCCAUUGGACAGGGAAGAAAAAGAUGCUUAUUCAUUCUUUGUGAUCACAAAAGACAAAGAAGGAGAACUGGUGGACAAACCUCUGAAAAUUAAUGUUGUUGUGGAAGACAUUAAUGACAACCCCCCAGUGUGCCAGAAUGCUGUUACUAUACUUGAAGUUCAAGAAAACGAAAGCGGAGGAAGCAGCAUUGGCACUCUGUCUGCCACAGACAUGGAUCAGAAAGACACUCUCAAUUCUCGGCUGAAAUUCAAAAUUCUGAGUCAGGAUCCUGCUGUUCCUACAAGUAACCUGUUCUUUAUUCAGCAAGACACAGGGGUUUUGCAGUUAUAUGGCCAUUCAUUAAACAAGCGCAUUGCCUCUAACUAUUCCCUGAAGGUGGAGGUGACAGAUGAAGUUUUCCAGGCAAUCUGUGAUGUGCAAAUACAUGUCAUUGACAUCAACGACCAGAUUCCCAUCUUUGAAAAAUCAGAUUAUCACAACGUGACUGUUGCUGAAAGUCUCCCAGUAGGAACGGUGUUAUUAGAAAUUCAAGCUACUGACGGGGAUGAGCCUGCCACAGGCAGCUCCCACAUCAUUUACCAAGUGAAGGAAGGAGAUCCAAACAACACGUUCAUUAUAGAGACAGAUUUUGAGACGAACCGAGGAUUCCUGAAGAUUAACAAGGCUCUUGAUUUUGAAACAGCUGCAGUGCACAACCUGGUGAUCAAUGCCACAAACCCCGAACCUCUGGUGUCAGGAGUGCAGUACAACUCCAGCUCCCUUACCUUGUUCAAAGUCUUUGUAACAAAUGUGGAUGAGCCUCCUGCCUUCCACAAGGAAGUUUACACUGCAGAAUUAUCUGAAGAUGUUCCUGUAAAUACUCUGGUCAUGACAGUGGAGGCCCAUGAUCCUGAGGGGGAUGCUGUACGAUAUUCCUUAGAAGGUGACUGGAGAAAAUGGCUGAGGAUUGAUUCAACCACUGGUCAGAUAUACACUGCUUCUGCUUUGGAUCGAGAACAAGAACAAGUGUACAGAGUUGAUGUUGUUGCAUCAGAGAUAAAUAAUGCGGCUCAGAAAUUCAAAACACCCUUAGUAUUAAACUUAAAGGAUGUGAAUGACAACCCUCCACGGUUAAAUAUGGAUUAUCCUCUUUUCUUCUGCUACCCGCUCAGAGGAGGAGAGAAAGCACUAAUUCGAGCUACUGAUGAUGACGAACAGAAAUUUUACUCAACAAUUACCUUUUCUCUCAAGGAUGAUAUUGAUACAAUAAAUAAUUGGGAAAUCUCAAAAGUCAAUGCUACUCAUGCUUACCUCUCUCCAAAGCAUACUAACUUUGAAGAGAAAGUAUAUACUGCUCCAAUGAUAAUUAAUGACAAUGGAGUACCACAAUUGGAGAGAGAAGUGGUACUUGAAGUAAGCAUCUGCACAUGUUCAAGUGAAAAUUCAUGUUUUAUACAAGUAGAACGUGAGCACUCCAAGCCAAGCACCGGCCAGGCAAUUGGGAUUCUUCUUGGCGUCCUGAUAGUUAUUGGUGCAAUUAUAGGAGGUGCAUUUUUUCACAUGAAAUACAAAGAGAAAAAUAAGAAGAAGAGCCAACAGAAAGACGCAAAGGAUCAGUCUGAAAGUGAUAAACUGAAUGCAUGACUGUUUAUGUCAUCAAGAGAAAAAUGCCCUUUGGGUUGGGGAGAAGUGACCUUUGUAUCUCCCAAAGCCCAGAAGUGUAUUAUCAUGAACUGAGGAUACAAGCAUGGAAAAGCAGGCUCCCAGGGUUUUGUCCUCACUUUUGCAGGUAAUAAUAUUCAGCCACAAAACCAAAAUGGAACAUACACUUUAGCAGCCAUUAAUAAAAGAAUCAGCUUUGACAACUGUUAGCUCAUGACACCACCAAAUGCUGAGCUCCUGCAAGGAUCAAUGUAUGGAACCAGUCUUUGUUCGGCAGCUAAACAAACAUGGACUUUCCAGAGGACUAACAUUUUAUUUGCACGUCUACUGCUCUAUACCUCUCCAUAAGUAUUUGAGCAGCAGAAUGGGGAAUAAAGUGGUAUUCUACCUUUGAAGAUGCAUCAUGAAGUAUCAGGAGUUCCUUUGAGUCUCAGCAAAGUUCCUUUCAAACACUGCAGUCUGAAAUCUGCCCUGGGUCAUAUCUACCUGCUUACAUUAUUCUGGUGAAUUUGUGCUAGCAAUAUUCACUAAUAAUGUGACAUUUCAAUUUUUUGUUUAUGGGAUCCAGUUUGUGAAGUGCCUUUGUCUUUCAUUACAGUUUUGAGGUUAAAAAAAACGCACUGAGUCAUGUGGAAAUUGAGUGAUGUCCUGUUUUAUCAUACUUGCAAAUAUUUUGCUUGCCUCCUACACACUUGAUAAGAAUAAAAAUGUUCUUUAAUGGU